UCAACCAUGGUUACCGUGUUCAAAUGGUUAUAAUGUUUCAAGGUUCCCUGUUUCAGAGCAUUGCUUUUGUCAUAGUCGGCGUGUUUUCUCUUGAUUUCUUUAAUAUCUUACUUUAGAUUUCCACAUCUGCAACAAGAAUUGUUUUAGUUUGGCUCGGUCUUCUCUUCACACCUGCCUCUAUUUUUUCAUCCAUUCCACCUAUUUCUUCCUUCGAGUAGCUUCUCUAGUUUAUAUUCAGUAUGCCAACUUGUGUUCAACUGUUCAAAUUAACUUGAAGAAUUAUUUGAUAGUUUUAGCUUGAUUUUACCUUUCUGCUUUUUCUGGGUUCCAUUAUCUUCAUCACUUAUAUAUAGCUUAAUUGCCUGGAACGUCUUGUGGGUUUGGACACACUUCUGUACAAAGAGCACUUUCAGAGGUGUUUUGGCAGGGUAUUUUCAGCAUACAUACCUCUGUUUUUCCUCCCAAAUAUUGUCUCUUAUUCAUUAUACCUGCCCGAAUUAUCGGUUAUUGGCUCAUAAACAAACCUAUUUUGUAUGUUUAUGAGAGGUGCAGAUAAUUAGAAUUAUGGGGAGGAACACUGCGGAGCAGAUUGUUUCACAUGCUGGAUCUAAGGACUUGACGGACGGUGAAUAUAAAGGAUCCCUUUUUGCUUCUGUUCCCAAAUCACCGAUAGAAAAUGGCAGAGCAAGCAGUAUGGUUAUCAAGAAAGCACAUACUGUUAUUCCUGCACAUAUCGUAGCUGAAGCCAUAUCAACACUCCAUGGACUUGACCUCAGAUGGUCAGGUCCAAUCACACCAACAGAAAUGCAAUAUGUUGAACAAUAUGUCUUGGCAAAGUACCCUCAAUAUGCUGGCCUUGUUGAAGGAGAAAAAGUAGAUCUCUCUAGUCUUUGUAUCAGUGAAGAGACCUCAGAAAUCGCUCCUGAAGACAAGCGAAAGUCGCCUAGAAGUGGUGGUUUUAGAGAUCCCUCCACACCCUCCUCUGGGAGCAAUCUCCCUGAUUUAGACAGAACCCAGUUGGAGCCAUCAAGAUUGCUAGAUAUACUCACCAAGAAAUCCUCUUUUCCUGGAAGUUUCAUCUCAAUUCCUGAAAUCCAAGCUCGAAACAAAGUUUUGAAUCAUUGUGGAUUACCUGAUAGUGAGUAUCUUGUUCUUUUCACUCCAAACCACAAGGAUGCAAUGAUGUUAGUUGGGGAAAGCUACCCUUUCUUCAGAGGUAACUUCUACAUGAGCAUUAUUGGUGAAGAAAUGGAUUACGUAAGAGAAUUUGCCAGUUUCAAAGAAUCAAAAGUUAUAUUGGCACCAGAGACAUGGUUGGACUUGAGGAUCAAGGGAUCACAGCUUAGCCAGUAUUUUAGGAGAAAAUGCAAGCACACCCCAAAAGGGUUAUUCUCAUAUCCAGCUGAUGUCAAUGGGACACGUUAUUCAAUGCAUUGGGUUUCAGAAGCUCACAGGAACUCAUGGCAUGUUCUGCUUGACGCCACUGCAUUUGUUGUUGGGAAGGAUCGGCUAAAUCUUGCGCUUCACAGGCCUGAUUUUGUGUUAUGUAGUAUUGAAAAUACACAUGCACAGCCUUCAAGGAUCACUUGUCUUCUCAUCAGGAGGAAAUCCUUUGAUACUUCAACAAAAAUUUCAACUCAGGCCAAUAAGUGACAAGGGGUGUGCUUAUACAUAAGUAUGUUUAAUGUGUUUAAACUUUGUUGAAAACAUAUUUGAAUUUUGGAGAUCCAAGAGAGUAAAUAUUAGUUUUGCUAAUGAAAUGAAUAAUCUUUCAGAGAAAAUAGAAUCCUAAUCGACAACAUGUAAUCAAUUUUCAAGGAAAAUGGCGUUACAAU